UGUCCAGCAGGGGGCAGCCAGACGCCCGUUACUUUCUAGAAGCUUCAGAGGAAAUGAGCGGCAACCGUAGAAGAAGAAGCUGUCCCUGCGUGUCGCUGGAUGAAUGUGCGACACUGACACAUCGUUUUUAUCUCGUUUCAACAACAGGUUCGUUCAGAGACGAAGUGAAAGUCCCAGUUGGAAGCGAACAUGUCGGGGAUACCUCCGGACUCAUGGCAGCCGCCCACAGUGGCUCUGGAGACAACGAUGGGGACAUUAGUGGUGGAGCUCUACUGGAAACAUGCGCCAAAGACCUGCAAAAACUUCGCAGAGCUGGCCCGAAGAGGCUACUACAACAACACCAAGUUCCACAGGAUCAUCAAAGAAUUCAUGGUGCAGGGUGGAGACCCCACAGGCACAGGUCGUGGUGGUGCCUCUAUAUUUGGUAAACAGUUUGAAGAUGAGCUGAACCGAGAUCUGAAGUUCACAGGCGCAGGUAUUCUGGCGAUGGCCAAUGCCGGACCUGACACCAAUGGAAGCCAGUUCUUCCUCACUCUGGGACCCACCCAGUGGUUGGAUGGAAAGCACACUAUUUUUGGACGACUAUAUCAGGGGAUGUCCUUGCUGAGCCGCAUCGGCAUGGUAGAGACAAACAGUCAAGAUCGUCCAAUGGAUGAUAUCAAAAUAAUUCGAGCUACUUUGCCCAGUUAGGCAAAUGUUUUGUUUUUUUUUUUUUACUGCUUUGUUUGAA